AUGAAGACAUUAACACUUCUUUUGGUUGCUGCAUUUUCUAUUAAUAACUGUAUAUGUGUGGAUAGAAAUAAUUUUAAAACAUGCGAUCAGUCCGGAUUUUGUAAAAGAUUACGUCCUCUGAAGCCUGAGAAAUCUCAAUACACUUUGAAUUUAGACAGUGUUUUCGUGCACGGUAACGUUCUUUCGGCAGAAGUAAUCACAGUUAAUAAUAAUGGAGAAAAGAAAAAUGUUGAGUGGCAUUAUGCUCUCCGCCUAUCAGCACUUGUUGAUGGCACUUUUCGUGUUGAAAUAGAUGAGGCUGAACCAUUGUACCCUCGAUAUAGAUCCAUGGUUGCUCUUGAUGGGGAACCAAAGGGGGAUAUAUUGAAAUUGAUAUCAAAUGAAAAUGGUAAACUGACACUGAAAAACUCACAAGGGCACAAAGUAAUUAUUACAGCUGAGCCUCUCAAAUUUGAGUUCCUUGAUAAGAAUGGUGAACCAGCAGUUGUCUUGAAUGACAAUGCUCAGCUAUUUGUAGAGCCAUUGAAGGUUAGAAAUGGGGAUGGAGAGGAGACUGAUAUAGAAGGUUCAUUGGCCGAGAACUUCAAAUCUCAUCAUGACAGUAAACCAAGAGGAAACGAAGCUGUCUCCAUCGAUGUGGCAUUCCCUGAUGCUGACCAGGCUUAUGGUAUCCCGGAACAUACGGACGGAUUCCAUCUUAAGACCACGACAUCUGGUGAACCAUACAGAUUGUACAACUUGGAUGUGUUUGAGUAUGAACUCGACAGUCGUAUGGCUAUAUACGGCUCUAUUCCUGUUAUGUAUGCUCAUGGGCCAAAGCGUUCAGUGGGUGUAUUCUGGCACAAUUCAGCUGAGACAUGGAUCGACGUGGUCAACUAUGGAGAAGGGAAUGUGGUCUCUUCUUUGGUCAAUCUGGUCACUGGUGGACAGAAGAGACGUGUGGAUGCCAGGUUUAUGAGUGAAAGUGGUGUGGUGGACAUCUUCGUAUUAAUGGGUGAUGCGCCAUCUGAUGUGUACCGUCAAUACUCGACGCUGACUGGAGUCACACCUUUACCACCGAAAUUUUCUCUGGCGUAUCACCAGUCCAGAUGGAAUUAUGUUGAUGAAGCUGAUGUGAGGUCUGUGGAUGAGGGAUUCGAUUCUCAUGACAUACCGUUGGAUGUUAUCUGGCUGGAUAUUGAAUACACUGACAACAGGAAAUAUUUCACCUGGCACCCGAUAAAAUUCGCUCAUCCAGCUGAAAUGGUGGGGAACCUAACAGCCAAAGGGCGGAAGAUGGUGGUCAUCAUUGAUCCGCACAUAAAGAGAGAGGCCGGCUACUUCUUCCACGAGGACUGCACCGAACAGGGACUGUAUAUUAAGAACAAGGAUGGAAAUGAUUAUGAAGGUUGGUGCUGGCCCGGUUCAUCAUCAUACCCUGACUUCCACAAUCCGGCUGCCUUCAAGUACUUUGCGGAAAGAUACCGUUUUGAAAACUUCCCAGGGACAAAUAAGGAUGUCCAUAUUUGGAACGAUAUGAAUGAGCCUAGUGUAUUCAAUGGCCCUGAGAUAACAAUGCCCAAAGACAAUCGUCACUACAAGCCCUCUCAAGAUGGACAAGAUGGCCUUGCCUCUUUCUGGGAACACAGACAUAUUCACAACGAGUACGGUGUAUGGCACAUAAUGGCGACGCACCAGGGAAUGUUGGACCGAAGCAACGGACAGUACAGGCCUUUUAUUCUAUCUAGAGCGGUCUACUCCGGCACACAGAGAUAUGCCGCUGUAUGGACGGGUGACAAUAUGGCGGAAUGGGGAUUCCUUCUCGCCUCGAUAUCUAUGUGUUUGUCUCUCGCGAGUGCCGGUGUCAGCUUUUGUGGGUCAGACGUGGGUGGAUUCUUCAAGUACCCCGAAGCAGAGUUGAUGACGAGGUGGUAUCAGGCGGCAGCUUUUCAACCGUUCAUGCGUGCUCACUCCCACAUUGAGACGAAACGUCGUGAGCCAUGGCUGUACGACGCGACCACCACUUCGCGAUUGAGGGACGCGGUUAGGCGGAGAUACGCCCUUUUGGACCUCUGGUAUACGUUGUUCUACGAACAUACUUUGGACCGUGUGCCCGUUAUGCGUCCAUUAUUGACCCAUUACCCCAAGGAGGAGCAGACAUACACUAUUGACGACACAUAUUUAUUGGGUGACAAAUUGCUAAUUCGUCCCGUUGUUGAGCCCGGUGUGUCCAGCGUAAAAGUGUAUUUACCGGGAAGGGAUUCCCAUACCGUUUGGUAUGACGUUGACUCCUUCCAACGCCAUGAAGCCAACGGAUAUUUCACACAAGAAGUCACUAUUUCCAAGAUUCCAGUGUACCAGCGCGGUGGCAGUAUAAUACCGCGUAAGGAGCGCGUGCGCAGAUCGUCUGCCUUGAUGGAAGAUGAUCCAUACACUUUGGUUGUGACCCUCGAUAUUAAUAAUACGGCCACUGGAACCCUGUAUAUAGAUGACGGAGAGACAUAUGACUUCAAGUCUAAUAAAUUCAUUUACGCUAAAAUCACAUACGAACAGACGGCCAUGAAGUAUAUUAUUACAAACAGCGGUAACUACCCGACACGCUCCUGGCUGGAACGAAUUGUAAUCGCCGGAAUCAAAUCUCCGCCUAAAUCCGCAAAACUCAUCCAAGAUGGUAAAUCCACUGCCCUACAAAUGACAAUCCAUCGCGGUAACGAUGUGCUCGUAGUACGCAAACCGGCCGCACUCAUGGCUAAAGCUUGGGAAAUACAAUUCUCAUAUUAA